GAUUUUUUUCCUUAUUAGCGGACGUUAAAAUCGGUAGGGAAUUAUGGGGACCGGUGAUUGGCAUCAAUCACGAGAUCGAAGGGAACCACGUGUCCUGAUCUCACUCGUCCGUUCAAGGCCCCACCGGCUUUUCGCAUCCAGGCGCGGUGACCCGAUCCUCCCGGUGAACGAGGUGCGUUCUCCGUUUGCGGCCGGGAAAAGCUGAUCUCGUAGACUUGACUUCCGCUGCAGUAGAUGAGCACAUAAAAGGGCGUAGCAGUGGCAGCAGAAGAAGAAGAAGAAGAAGAAGAGGAAGCAUAUCCCUCUUCGUUGUUGUAGUUGCAUGGGUAAAAGAUCGAUCAGGGAGGCGAUGCGGGCGUUGCCGGAGAAGCCACUGUUCGCCGCGGCCGCGGGGGCUACCCUCGUCGCCAGCGCGCUCCUCGUCUCCAGCUUCCUCGACCGCGGCCUCCACUGCUCGCUCAAUCCCGGGUUCUCCCGCUCGGCCGACGCCACGUCCGAGCUCGCCAAGGCCCUCCUCUACUACGCCACCACCACGGUGGUGCCGCAGCAGUCCAGAGACGAGAUCCGGCUGUCCUUCGACGUGCUCCAACGGCGCUCCCCCUGCAACUUCCUGGUCUUCGGCCUGGGACGGGACUCCCAGAUGUGGGCGGCCCUGAACCCCGGCGGCACCACCAUCUUCCUCGAGGAGGAUCCGCAGUGGUACGCGGCGGUAAAGAAGGACUCACCCGAGCUGCGGGCGCACCACGUCAAGUAUCGCACCCAGCUGUCGCAAGCGGAGCAGCUUCUGCGGGGUUACCGCAAGAACGCGGAGUGUCGGCCGGGCCGGGUGGACGGGGUGGAGGGCCUGCAACACAACGGCGGGUGCCCGCUGGCGCUGGUGGGGCUGCCGGGGGAGGUGUACGAACGGGAAUGGGACGUGCUGAUGAUCGACGCGCCCAAGGGGUACUUCCCUGAGGCACCGGGGCGGAUGGCGGCGAUCUACUCGGCGGCUGUUAUGGCACGGGGGCGGCGCGGGGAGGGGGAGACGGACGUGUUCCUCCACGACGUGGACCGUCGGGUGGAGAAGUCGUUCGCCAUGGAGUUCCUCUGCGAGAAGUACCGGGUGGGCGGCACGGGGCGGCUGUGGCACUUCAAGAUCCCGCCGGCCAACGACACGUCCGCCAUUGCUGCCGACACCUUCUGUUGAUCUCUCUUUCUCCUCAUCUUUCGCCUUCUUCUAUAUUAAUGUUGCCGUUGUAGUAGUAGUACCGCGUGCGCCUUUCUUGAAGCCGGAAGGGGAUGAUUGCUUGCUUUAAGAUUCACAAACUUUCUCCGAUCGGACGGACGGGUAUCGUUGGCAGGCGACUUCUUACAGUGUUGGAUGAUGAAUUAGGAGGUUGAAUAGGUCAUUUAGUGGCAUUAUUUUUCUUUAUUUUUUCCCCUUAAUUUGUCUUGAACAUGGUUUAAUCUGAUGAAUAAUAUAUUUAUAAAUUUAAUUUAGUAAACAACAUUAAUUAAACUUU